AUGGCAGAAGCAAGCUCUUCGACGUCCCAGCCCGCGCAGCAGUUCGACCCGGCCAAGCAGCAGGCCCUCGCCGCCUACCGCAAGAAACUCAAGGAGCACGAGGAGCUGGACCAGAACUUGAAGAAGAUCCGCUUGUCGCUGAAAGACCUGGAGCGGGACUACGAGAAGAGCGAGGACGACAUCAAGGCGUUGCAGUCGGUCGGGCAGAUCGUGGGCGAGGUGUUGAAGCAGCUGGACGAGGAGCGAUUCAUUGUCAAGGCGUCGUCAGGACCCCGCUAUGUUGUCGGAUGCAGGAGCGCAGUGCCGAAGCACAAGCUGAAGAACGGAGUGCGCGUCUCGCUCGACAUGACGACCCUUACGAUCAUGCGCAUCUUGCCUCGCGAAGUCGACCCGCUCGUGUACAACAUGACGAUGGAGGACCCGGGAAGUGCGAGCUUUGCGGGUGUCGGUGGGUUGGGCGACCAGAUAAGGGAGUUGCGAGAGGUCAUUGAGCUACCCUUGAUGAACCCGGAACUGUUCAUGCGCGUCGGAAUCAAGCCUCCCAAAGGCGUCCUCCUCUACGGCCCUCCCGGUACCGGCAAGACCCUGCUCGCCCGCGCCGUCGCCGCAACGCUCCAGACGAACUUCCUCAAGGUCGUCGCGUCCGCCAUCGUCGAUAAGUACAUUGGAGAGAGUGCACGGCUCGUGCGCGAAAUGUUUGGCUAUGCCAAAGAGCACGAGCCGUGCAUUAUCUUCAUGGACGAGAUCGACGCGAUUGGCGGACGGCGAUUCAGCGAAGGAACUUCGGCCGACCGCGAGAUCCAGAGGACGUUGAUGGAGCUCCUCAACCAGCUCGACGGCUUCGACUACCUCGGCAAGACCAAGGUUAUCUUUGCCACGAACCGACCCGACACGCUCGACCCGGCUCUCAUGCGUCCCGGCCGUAUCGACCGCAAGAUCGAGAUUCCGUUGCCGAACGAGGUCGCGCGAAUGGAGAUCCUCAAGAUCCACGCCGGCCCAAUCCGCAAGUCGGGCGAGAUCGACUACGAGGCGAUCGUCAAGCUGAGCGAAGGGUUCAACGGCGCCGACUUGCGCAACAUCUGCACCGAGGCGGGCAUGUUUGCGAUUCGCGACGAGCGCGACUAUUGCAUCCAGGAGGACUUCAUCAAAGGCGCGCGAAAGCUUCAGUCGGCGAAAAAACACGAAACUAUCCUCGAAUACGACAACGUGUAG